CCUCCCUCCUCCUGGUAUCCUAGCUGCGGAGCUUUGAGCCCUCUCCUGAUUGGUCCAUUUCCAAGAAUCCGCCAUAUUCAAACUUCCGCCGUGGUGUGUGUUCCCUUGUCAUCGAUCUUCUAUUUUCUUUGUACACAUCGGGGCCAGUUUCCACACGGCUGGCCGUCGUAUUUUGCUCAUUUGGCCAGAACUACGCCUCGGUAUAAGUGAUUUCAAAAGGAAGCCUCUCGCAAAAUGGAAGAAAAUGAAGAAGUUUGCGGAAGGACGGUGGAAAAUAAAAAGCAGAAAGUUCGCAGGAUGUCAUCGAGGACGUCCACUUCCAGUGUCAUCAGCGCUGCAGAGCCCUCUCCACAAAUACUCCGGAGAAAUAACUCCAAAAAACCUCCACUGCAGAGAGGCAGCUCCUUCACCUUUCUUACACCAGGGACUCCGUGGGACUUCAGUCUAAAGAGAAAGCGCAAAGAGAAAGAGGACGACACGGUCAGUCUGUCAAGCUUCGACCUCAAGGAACCCAGCAACAAGCGCGCACGACCACUGGCCAAAGUUUCAUCCCUGGUCAACUUGAUAUCUCCUUCAAAGAAUGGGGCAGUGCGGCGCUUUGGCCAGACCAUCCAGUCGAUGUCGUUACGUGGGGAUACCAAGUCACCAGGGGUGUCCCUCAAAGCCAGCAGCAAGGCAGCAGGGCCCACUCCCACUAAGCGCAGAAACAGUACGCUGUGGUCGGAGACCCUGGACGUCCAUCAGAAGAGCACGUUCUCCACCAAAGAGAUCAAGAGACAAGAGGCAAUUUACGAGCUUUACAGGGGAGAGCAGGAUCUCAUCGAAGAUCUCCAACUUGCACGAAAGGCGUACCAUGAUCCGAUGCUAAAGCUCUCCAUCAUGACGGAGGAGGAACUAGCUCACAUAUUUGGAGACCUGGAUGCAUACAUCCCCUUGCACGAGGACUUACUGAUGAAACUGACCGAGGAAACUGGCCCCGAUGGAACAGUAGCUCAGAUCGGACAGAUAGUGAUAGACUGGCUGCCUGGUCUGAAUGCUUACAAAAACUACUGCAGCAACCAGCUUGCAGCCAAAGCCCUGCUAGACCAGAAAAAGCAGGACAGGCGGGUCCAGGAUUUCCUGCAGCGCUGUCUGGAGUCACCCUUCAGCAGAAAGCUUGACCUCUGGAGCUUCCUAGACAUCCCACGUUCACGCCUGGUGAAAUACCCACUGCUGCUGCGAGAGAUCCUCAGACACACUCCUCCUGAUCACCCAGACGUAGUCAGUCUGGAGAGAGCUAUCUGUAUAAUCCAGGAGAUUCUGUCCGACAUCAACGUGAGGAAAGGGGAGUCUGAGUGCCAAUAUUAUAUAGACAAACUGGAGUACCUGGAUGAUAAGCAGCGCGACCCGCUCAUAGACAACUGUAAGACCCUACUUUGUCAUGGUGAGCUGCGGAACAAGAGUGGCUCGAGGCUGCACGUGUUCCUCUUCUCUGAGCUGCUGGUUUUGACCCGACCGGUGACACGUAACGACAGGAGCUGCUUCCAGGUGUAUCGACAACCCAUCCCAGUUCGGGACUUGGUUCUAGAGGACCUGCAGGAUGGAGAGAUCCGCAUGGGGGGGUCAUUCAGGGGGGCUUUCACUAACGCAGAGAAAGUGAAGAACGUUUUCCGUGUGAGCUCUCUGGAUCCAUCCCAUGGCCAGACCCACACCCUGCAUGUCAAUGAUGUCUACCACAAACAGCAAUGGCUCAACUGUCUCCGCACUGCGAUGGCCCAACAGCAGGAGGCUCCACCUCGAGUUCAGCAGGGAGAAGCCAACAGAGCCAAACGCCGGUCUUCCACUCUCUCAGCCACUGUCUACGACAAAGAGACAGAUGAGAACUGUCCACCUGUCUCUGGCCCUAAACUCAGGCCUCAGACACUCUCCAAAACCAGAUUGGACCAGAAGUUGCAAGGCUCAGUAAAGAGGAAGGAGACUGGAGUGUAGACAUUUAACCCGACCUGAUGGUUCAGGGAUGGGUUCCUCUCAUACAGGCACAUGCACCCUGCAUGUGCACCGUUUGUCACGUCAGUGAAAUAUCAUGCAACCACUUUUUUUUGUGCUUUUGCUUUGUCUCUGUAGCUGCACCUAAAAAGCCUUUCCAAUCAUUUCCGUCCAAAUGUAUAUGAAAUUUUAGUCUUUAAAACGUGUAAUUAGUUUACAAAAAAAAAAGGAAAAAGCGAUAUGUGCCAGUGGGACUGAAAAGUAUGUUUACACCAGCUAAAUGUGCGUGGAACCUGGGAUUUCUGUGUCUCGCUGAGUUAAAACAACUUUAUACCACCUGUAGCUCUUUUGUCUUUUCGUUCAUUCCAGUGUCGACAAAUUUAAACUUCCUCAGUUAUUUGCUGAAAUCAAAAUAUCGGAGCAUCUACUAGUAUAAGCAGCAUGUGGUCUGUUGUCUGUUUUAAGUGUUAUCUGUGCCUAGAUAAGGUACCAAGGAGCAGAGAAAAUGUAAUGGCCUCAGCCGUCUGUGCAGGAACCAACUGUGUGAAACAAGGUUAAAAAUGUUUGAGAUUAGAUACAAGAUAAUGAGCAGAGUACUGAUUAUAGUUCUGAUAAGGUAAAAACAUUUCUUGGGAAAAAAAAAACCUCAAACAUAUUUGGAUGUAUUCAGUGGAAAUUGAUCAGGAAAAAAUAAAAUAUUUGUUUGUA